AUGGACCCAUCGGGACGGCAUCCUGUCUUCACGCUCGCCGUCCGUCUCUCUCGCUGGUUGUUACGUGACGCGUGAAAGUGUGACGUCACGCACCGUGGCCACCCCCGAGCAGAGAUGAUUCUGCACAAAUUCAAAUCGUGUCAAAAUUGCUCCAGGGUGAAACCUAGCAUCCCAUCUCAUCUCAUCUCUCUCGCGCUUGGAAGACUGCUUCUCUGCAAAACAUCCGAUAUUUUUCCGAGAGUGGAAUAGUUGUUGAGCAAUUGCGCACCCAGUUUUGAUAGCUCAACGCUGUUGUUGGUUGUGGUGUAUAUCGUACUGCAUGUUUCGAAAACUCUCUCAAGACUGGAUUUAUUUUCCCGUAGUUGUUGUUAAACAAUUUUCAGCAGCUGUCAAUCUCAGAAAAGGAUUUGCAAAUUUACAUCGACUAAAUCGACAUUUUUUCUGAAAAAGGGCAUUUAAAUAGUUGUUUGCAGGCUUGUUUUCCUGCAGAAACUACUUAUUUCUGGGGAUCCACUGCCUCUACUGUAUAUUGCUGGUAGUUCGCUUUUGAAAACAAAAGAGAUUGUCGAUAAACAUCUUGAACUUUCAACAGGAAAAUUUUCACUUCUGCUUUUAACAUUUUUCAGCUGAAAAGAAUUGACAAAUUUACAUCAUUCUGGCAAAGAAAUUGAUUUCAUUUUACAAUUUAAGGGAUUUCUUCCCUGAAACUUUAUCUAUCAAGUCGAAUCCACUUUGCUAUUACACUACAAAGCAUAGAUGAUUGGCUGGCGUAUUCUAUUUGCUUUUCAAACGAAAGAAAGAUAAUAUAUAUAUAAAAAUUUCUAACUUGCAAAGUAUUCUUAUUUAUAUUUAGCCUUUCCGGUGAUUAUUUCUAUCUAACUGAAGCUCGAAUAAUUAGAUAAUAUGUAUUUGUAUCAUAAAUUGCUGAAAAAUAAUUUCGUAUAAUUGAGAAUCAAGUUGUUCGAUUGUAUAUAUGUUUAUUUAUCAUUUAGUUGCGUAUGAAAAAUAAUUGUUGCAUUUGCAGCCUACCAAAAUUAGGGAUCAUUGAAAUUCAUAAAUCUAAAUUUGAAUUUGUUUCAUUGUUGAUCUGAAACGAUUAGACUUCCGUGAUUUUAAAUUAUUAAAAAGCUAUAACCUAUUUUCUAAAGAAAACGCUUCAAUCAAAUUACUUGCAUGUAAUACAUCAAUUCAACUGAAGAUUUCUUAUGAGACUAAUGAAGACCUAGGCUGAAUAAUUUCAGAAAUUAGGCUGAAUAUCUCCCCAUUAGAACAUCCAUACCUUUCAUUUAUUACAUACGGAAAAAAGUUUUACAGAUUUUUUUUAUUUUUGCCUUUUUUUAAACAAAAGAAUAAAUGCAAAACUUUCAGCUCCCGAUGUGCUGAUAAUUUAAAAAUUCUUUCAAAUUAAAUUUAAGAUUUUAUUCGUGAUAUUUAUUAAAAUGACUUUUUGCUGAGACUGAAAAAACAGUGUUAUCAGUGAUGAAACAAAAGUUAGCGAAUGAAAAACUCGAUUUAUUUUUAAGCCCUUUGAACCUUUUAAGUGUUGUCAGAUUUCCUUUUCUUCAAUCGUGUAUCUUACGUUUGCCGUAACACGUGCAAGAAAAGAGCGGUGAAGGGAGAAAAAAAAAGCAUAAAGAAGCGAAGUGCAUUCUAACCCGACACUUGUCAAGCAUAGCGAUUGAACGUCACUUUCAUCCUAAUCAUAAGCCGGCUUAAACAUUCACUCGCUUGCUUCGAAAGAGUGUGUGUAGGCUCUUGGACGAGUGCAGCUCAUUCAGAAGGAGAAUGGUUUUCGCGAACGUCACAACUCGGCAGCUGUAUAUUCAGCUGAGGGCACAUAUGACAUGAAAAACGAAAGAAACUCAUUCCUAACGAUUAGAACGAGGUGACCUCGCCAAAUGAAACCCGCAACUACGAAAUGUUUGUAAACAAUCAUCAAAAUACGCUUUUGGAGAAUAAUAAAAAAUAUCAUAUUUCCAAGAUAUAAAACUCUAUCGUAACUUAUUUCUAGAUUUAUUUUUAAAGUGUAAUCGAUCAGUCAGCAAUCAUUAUAAUAAAGACUGCAUCUUCGCAAACAAUAAGUAGAAAAUUUUAAAGAAAGUAGAUAGGAAAGAAGCGAAAGAAAAAAUAUUCAGAACUGUCACGACUUAUAUUCUGUGUGCAAGGCUAGCUUUCACCGUUAUAAUCAGAAGUGAGAAAGAAUAAGAAAGGUCCAAUAACAACGUGAAUAUAGAGAACAAUAAAAACGGAGACGGAAGUUGGAUUGUUAUUAGCUCAAUAAAUAACGAAGCACAACCCGGAUCAUACGCAGCUAAAGAGUUCCAGGAUUUGAAAAGAUGAACCAUUCGUUGUAGACUUCCAUCGUUUCGAAUACAUUGGAUGCUAGACUUGAAAUCAGGAUGCGAUUCACUUUCAGUAAAAUUAUUAGUCUGUUUAAGCCAUCGACCUCGAAUCGAGAAAGCUGUUGCUGAAGGAGGACAAUGUGAUACGACCAGCAAGAAAAACAAUUAAUUGCUUUUCUGCAUAGAACAUUCGUUCAAAAUCCUUGCAUUAAAAUAUUCAACAGUUUUAAUAUCAAGAAAUAAGAGGAGACUUCAGCAUUUUGAGAUGACAUUCCCAGCGGAAAACUGGGCUUCCAUGGACUCAGUGACUACUCUGCCAAGCAUAUUGGAAAGACGUGGUUUGUUGUAUUUCUCGGCAUUUUGUGUCAUCCUCAUCAUCAUCGUCGGUUUGACCGGCAAUGCCUUGACCAUCAUCGCCUUGGUCCGCUGCCCUCGUGUCCGCAGUGCGACUGCAGCCUUCAUCAUCAGCUUGAGUGUUGCCGAUUUCAUCUUCUGUUGCAUCAACCUCCCUUUCUCGGCCUCCAGGUUCAUCAACCAUAAGUGGGUCCAUGGAGAUACCCUGUGCGUCCUCUUCCCUUUCCUCCGGUAUGUGAAUGUAGGUCUCUCCCUCCUCUCCAUCACUGCCAUUGCCAUCAAUCGCUACAUCCUCAUCGUCCACCCAUCGCUCUACGCAAAGGUGUAUCGAAAACGGUAUAUCGCCCUUAUGAUCAUCUUUAUCUGGUGCUUCUCCACAGCUAUGAUCUUGCCGACGCUGUUAGGCAAGUGGGGACGUUUUGGAUACGACGAGGCCAUCCUCAACUGUUCCAUCUUGGAGGUGAAUGGUCGGUCUUCAAAGACAUUCUUAUUCGUCUUUGGAUUCCUAGUACCUUGCAUUGCUAUAGCCAUUUGUUAUGCUCGCAUCUUUUGGGUGGUGCGUAGAAGUCGCACCAGAAUUCAGAAGCAUUCGUCUAGUGAGACCAGUGCACAGCGUAAGGACCGAGAGGCCAAACGCCGUAAGGAGGAAUGGAGGGUCACGAGGAUGGUUCUUAUCAUCUUUUGUUCCUUUCUGCUGUGCUAUCUGCCUAUCACAAUCGUAAAAGUUUCUGAUCAAGACGUGAAACGGCCCGAACUCCACAUUAUGGGGUACUUGCUCAUUUAUCUGAGUGCUUGCAUCAAUCCUGUCAUCUAUGGCAUCACCAACAAGCAGUAUCGACAGGCCUACAAAACGGUGCUUCUAUGUAGGCGGCCGCGUGCUCUCAGCUUCAGUGGAGGUAAUCAGCCCCAGCAACAGCACGACGACUCUACGGGGGAAUCCGAAUGAAGCUGAAACACACAAACUGUGUGCAAUUUUUCAUUUGUGUGUAUGCAUGUUCCCAUGACUACAUAUGCAAGAAAGAGCAGAUGUCUUCGCUGGAAUAUUGAAAUGAUUUAUUCAUUUUUAUUAUUAUUAUUUGUUCCUUUUCCUGUUUUUUAAAUGUUUUAGAGAAGACAUUUAAGUAGUCCUUUAUUAGUUUUCACGUUCAUUAGCUCUUUUACUAUCUUUAUGAAUAUAUUUGGUUAAAACACUUCUACCCAAAUUAGUUCCUUAUUUGUCUUAAUCAUAUUAUUUAUACGUUGCACCGUAUUCUUAAUACAAAUAAAAGUCAUUUAGGCUAUGUUUGUAAAUAUAUUCCGCAUCCCCUCCGAAAUAACAGGACUAUAUUCAAUUAAAAUUUUCACUUACAUAUUUUAGACAAAAGAAAGAAUACAGUCAACUUCCAGCAAUUCAAAAAUUAAUUACUAUUCAAUUAAUUACAAAUUAAACAAAAUUUCGCUUUCUUUCACAGUAACUCCAGAAGAAAUUAUUCUAGAUGAAAUACUUUUGCACCACCUUAAAAUUCAAAAUUUUA